AUGUCAUGCAGUGAUAAAGACUCGUUCUUUCAAAGAAGUUUUAUUGAAAGUUCAGCAUCUUCGCUUCGACAUGCUUACCUUCGUAAAACGGAUUUACUAGAUACACUAGAUAGUAAUAAUAGUCGUUUACGCGAUACUGAUGCUUGGAGUGUAGCAGCUACUAUUGAUGAUCAAGAAUCUGUCAUUAGUGCUCAUGGGGGUCCACCAUCGAUUAUAAGUAGUAGUCGAAUGACUAUUGAUAGAGAAACUGAUGACGACAGGUCCACCUUAGAUGGAGAAUCUUCCAUUAGGGACCGUUUACAAGACAUUCACCUUUCGUCUUCACCUCUUCAAAUUCAUAUCAGUAACAGUAACAGUAACAAUAAUAAUAAUAAUAAUAGCAAUAACACUAUUAGCUCCAAUAAUACGAAUAACAGCCGACUUGAUGCCAUGUUACAUGAUUUAGUUAACCCACAUAAUAUCGGUAUCAAUAAUCAUCAUCAUCAUCAUCACCACCUUUUACGUGGAAGUCAUCAUAGUAUCAUUGCUGAUGAUGAAGAAGAUAAAAGGUCGAGGUCUAAUGCAGCUGAAUUUGGUGAUGAUGGGACUCGGUCCGCAGCAGCUGAUUUUGACCAUAGUGUUGCAAGUGAUGACGAUAGUAGUCACCACAAUGUUGUGGAUGAUCAGAUUAUGGCACCACCUCAACCCCAACCAAGUUUUGCAUCUGUAACAAAAUCCUAUGCUGAAUUAAUGGAAGAAAAUGAAAUUCUUCAAACACAGCUUCGUGCAGCUCAACUUGCACAAAAGCAUCAAGAACAAAUGAUUCAGCAUUUAAGACACUUGACAGGAUGUGAUGAUGAACUCUACGGGAAGGCAGUCCAUCUGUCACAAAGAGGGGGAGAAGAAAUGGAUGGCCACAAGGAGAACUCAGGUCAUGAUAGUAGUAAUACCUCUGAUAGAGGCGAUAGUAAUUUAAUAAAGGAGAAGGAGAUGUUUUUUGAUUCACCCUCAUUGGAACAUAUUCAAGUCCCACCUAUCGUGAAUGCACGUACCUUGACACAAAAGUUAGCAAGACUAGCUGAAACUUUAAUUCGAUUUGUUAAAUCAAUCGUGUCAGAAGAGAAUGAAUGGCAACAGCUAAAUUUUGAACAAUCCUUAUUUUUUCAUAUCACGCAAUUGUAUUUGGAAGCGCUUCCAUUUGGAACAGAGAAUCAACAUUUGUUAAAUACUGCAUAUCAAGAUCAAAUACAUCGAUUUCAUAAUACACUUGGAGCCAAUUUUGCUAAAUGGUAUCGAAGACAAACAGUACAAUCAUUAUCUUUAAACCCUGCUACUAAGGAAUACCUGCAAAACAUGAGAAAUGUAUUAACUGAAGAGAUGUUAAGACAGUUACAUACUCAAAAUUGCCAUGAUGAGCCUGAUAUGAAUCUUUGGGAAGAUAUUUUGGAAUUAUGUGCUGCUUUAUCACUUGAAAUUCAUGGUGGAGAUGCUGAUGUAACUGCACAAACAAUUGCUGUAGGAAGCAAAUAUGACGAAGAAAUUAUGGCUGCUGCCCUUGUUGGAAAUGAGGUUCAUAACAAUAGUAAUAGUAAUAAUAGUAGUAGUAAUAAUAGUAGUAAUAAUAAUAGUGGUAGUAGUAAUAGUAGUAGUAGUAAUAACGCCACAAAAGAUAAAGUGGUUAAAAUGAUGAUUAGUCCAUUGUUUAUUGAUGAAGAAGAAGUUGUCUUAUUACCGGCAAGAGUCAUCAUUGAAUAAUAUAUAUAUACAUUGAUUACCUCAUUUUCUGCUAUACUCUAUCUUCUUUAUUAUAUAUUAUUAAAUAAAUAAAGAUAUAUGGUCAAUUUACAAUACUAUC